CCGCAAUUACGGGCCGGAGGUGUGGGAAGACAUCAACCUACAGGGAUUUAGAUGAAUUGGAUUGAGAGUUAAAUGGAUUAUAUCCAAGCUCCACCUAUUUGUGAUUUUAACACUGGAAAAGAUACCUGCAAACUUGUCAGUUCUCUUCUACAGCUGGCAAUAUUUUGAAUAAUAGAUUUCUCCUUUGGGCACUUGUUUGAGAAAAAUAAUCCAAAUCUUAUCAAGAUAAAAAUACUUCUAUGAUCAUGACAACUAUUAAAAAUGAAAAGAGGCACAGUUAGAUGAAGAAGGACAAUUUCUUGUCAGAAUAAUAUAUGAUGAUUCUAAAACUUAUGAUUUGGUUGCUGCUGCAAGCAAAGUCCUCAAUCUCAAUGCUGGGGAAAUCCUCCAAAUGUUCGGGAAGAUGUUUUUUGUCUUUUGUCAAGAGUCUGGUUAUGAUACAAUCUUGCGUGUCCUGGGAUCUAAUGUCAGAGAAUUUCUACAGAACCUUGAUGCUCUGCAUGACCACCUCGCUACUAUCUACCCGGGUAUGCGUGCUCCUUCCUUUAGAUGCACCGAUGCAGAAAAGGGCAAAGGACUCAUUCUGCACUAUUACUCAGAGAGAGAAGGACUUCAGGAUAUUGUCAUCGGAAUCAUCAAAACAGUAGCUCAACAGAUACAUGGCACCGAAAUAGACAUGAAGGUUAUUCAGCAAAGAAAUGAAGAAUGUGAUCAUACUCAAUUUUUAAUUGAAGAAAAAGAGUCAAAAGAAGAAGACUUUUAUGAAGAUCUUGAUAGAUUUGAAGAAAAUGGUACCCAGGAAUCACGCAUCAGCCCCUAUACCUUCUGCAAAGCUUUUCCUUUUCACAUAAUAUUUGACCGGGACCUAGUGGUUACUCAGUGUGGCAAUGCCAUAUACAGAGUGCUUCCCCAGCUCCACCCUGGGAACUGCAGCUUGUUGUCCGUCUUCUCUCUCGUUCGUCCUCAUAUUGACAUUAGUUUCCAUGGGAUCCUUUCACACAUCAAUACGGUUUUCGUAUUGAGAAGCAAGGAAGGAUUGUUGGAUGUAGAGAAAUUAGAAUGUGAGGAUGAACUGACUGGGACUGAGAUCAGCUGCUUACGUCUCAAGGGUCAAAUGAUCUACUUACCUGAAGCAGAUAGCAUACUUUUUCUGUGUUCACCAAGUGUGAUGAAUCUUGACGAUCUGACAAGGAGAGGUCUGUAUCUGAGUGACAUCCCUCUGCACGACGCCACACGCGAUCUCGUUCUUUUGGGAGAACAAUUCAGAGAGGAAUACAAACUGACCCAAGAACUGGAAAUCCUCACAGACAGGCUGCAGCUCACGUUAAGAGCCUUGGAAGAUGAAAAGAAAAAGACAGACACGUUGUUGUAUUCUGUCCUCCCUCCGUCUGUUGCCAAUGAGCUGAGACACAAGCGUCCGGUGCCUGCCAAAAGAUACGACAAUGUGACCAUCCUCUUUAGUGGCAUUGUGGGCUUCAACGCUUUCUGUAGCAAGCAUGCAUCUGGAGAAGGGGCCAUGAAGAUUGUAAACCUCCUCAAUGACCUCUACACCAGAUUUGACACAUUGACCGACUCCCGGAAAAAUCCAUUUGUUUAUAAGGUGGAGACAGUUGGUGAUAAGUAUAUGACAGUGAGUGGUUUACCAGAGCCGUGCAUCCACCAUGCACGAUCUAUUUGCCACCUGGCCUUGGACAUGAUGGAAAUUGCUGGUCAGGUUCAAGUGGACGGCGAAUCUGUUCAGAUCACAAUAGGGAUACACACUGGAGAGGUAGUUACUGGUGUCAUAGGGCAGAGGAUGCCCCGAUAUUGCCUUUUUGGAAAUACCGUUAACCUCACAAGCAGAACAGAAACCACUGGAGAAAAAGGAAAAAUAAAUGUGUCUGAAUAUACGUACAGAUGUCUUAUGACACCAGAAAACUCAGAUCCACAGUUCCAUUUGGAGCACCGAGGCCCUGUGUCCAUGAAGGGCAAAAAAGAGCCAAUGCAAGUUUGGUUUCUUUCCAGAAAAAAUACAGGAACAGAGGAAACAACACAGGAUGAUGACUGAAUGUUAGACUGUGGGAUGAAGAAGACCGCAGAAUGGGCUCUUGUUGUCCACUGUCACGUGCCAAGCCUGGGAGCCAUUAUUCCCUGUGGAUACAGAUUUCGCUUUGUCUUUCGCAGUUAUCCCAAGCCUUUCUCCUUGGUAUAGCUUUCAUGAUUCAUUACUCAACCUUAGCUCUGCUUUUGAUUAUGUUCAAGGUUUAGUAUAUUACCUGAAGUUUGGCUUUAGAUGUGAAUGAUGUGAGCUUCCUGUGUUUUAAGAUCUACCACAAGCAUUGCCGAGCAUGGUAAUUUGCAAGUGGUAGGCACCCAAUAAAUAUUUGUUGAAUUUAAUUAAGUGACACUGAACAGUAUUUGGUCAUGUGUAUAUAUCAUAUCAUGGCUUACCAAAUCUGCUUAGUGUUCCAUGUAUAUGUCUAUGUAUAUUUUCAUGACUAUAAUAACAUACAACAAAGUUUAUAUCAUGUUGGUGUACAUCAUUAUAGAAAUCAUUUUAUAAAGGAGUGAAUUCCAAGUUUUAGGGGAAAAAGUGCCAUUUAUUUUCAGAUUCCCAGAAUAAGAAUUAAUAUACCAUGCUAAGAAAAUAGUGACUAUUUUGAAUUGUGCUCCUUUUCCUUCAAAAAUAGAGGAUGCACAUUUCUGUUACCAAAAUAUUUGGUUGUUCACUCAAGUCAUGUGGCAUUAUAAUUCCUCUAAAAUUCUAUCAUUUGUACUAUAUCCCUUGUAUUAAAUCUCAUUAACCACAUGCAACAGUCAUAAGAAGCUGUACUGUUCUACACUGAGCUAUUACAUUAGCUUGGGAUAAAUGUUAGGCGCUCUAACCACAUCCAAGAAUAAAAUUGGAGACACUGCUGGGAUGCCCCCGAAAGGGCCAUUUCUGGCCUUUUCUUUCCAGAAAUGAGCUUCUUUUUCUUAGCUUGGAAAAAUGUGAUUAUAUCCAGGCCAUCACGUUCAGAAAAGUUACUUUAAAUUUGAGAUAGAAAGCAUUCCUGUUGGAAUAAUUGGCCUAUUGUUCUUAAAUAUCUCUGAUAAUUUAUUAAGACCUACCUUUAUAAAAUAUAGUGCAACUACUUUUGUGUAAAAAUGUUUGUCUUUAAAUUUAGCAUUUCAUAUCAGCACCUCUAAAUAUGUAUAAAUGUCCCAUGUUCAUGUGUAAGAGAAUCGCAAUAAAUUAUUUUUUCCACUUGU